AUGCGAGUGUCGGUGCCGCGCUGGGAGCGGGUGGCCCGCUCCGCCGUGUGCGCGGCCGGCAUCCUGCUCUCCCUGUACGCCUGCCACCUGGAGCGGGAGAAGGGCCACGACAUCCACUACCAGGCGCUGUGCGACUUCAGCGAGCGGGUCCGCUGCUCCGCCGCCAUCACCUCCAGAUGGGGUCGAGGAUUCGGUCUGUUGGGUUCCAUCUUUGGAAAGGACAGUGCAAUAAAUCAGUCAAACAGUGUUUUUGGACUCGUGUUUUAUAUACUACAAAUGCUGCUUGGUAUGACAGCAAGUGCAGUAGCAGCUCUAAUCCUCAUGACAUCCUCCAUAGUGUCUGUAGUAGGGUCAUUGUACUUGGCAUACAUUCUGUACUUCGUGCUGAAGGAAUUUUGCAUUGUCUGCGUCAUCACAUAUUUGCUGAACUUCAUUCUCUUUAUCAUCAACUACAAACGACUAGUUUAUUUGAACGAGGCCUGGAAACGGCAACUCCAACCCAAACAGGACUAAGGCCUGUUUGAACUCUUGACUGACAGUCUGAAGACCCAACUUCCAUUAAGUUUAUUUUGCAGUAAUUUUUUAUUCUCCAUAUCAGACACUUUCCCAGAGAAUCAUAACAGAAUUUUUAAUUAUCAAUUUGAAGGGGCCCUAGAUAAUUGCUUUUUCCUUUGUGCUAAUCUUCAAUGUGGUUAUGAAAGAAAGCUCUAAUACAAUCAAAGACAAGCUUUAACUUUACUUUGAAGGAGUUUUAGCCACAGCAAAACCUAGACUCUGUUCCCCCCUCCACUUGUGAAGUGGGUAACACUUGCUAUAAAAUAUCCUGUAUAUAAAUUCAGGUAUAACAAGAUGUGAUCAUGACAUUAAAUAUUCUAGACUAGGAUUUACCAUAUUUAAUGUUGCCAUGUUUACAGUAUGUGUAUUACUUUUCUUUUUUUUAGCUGAUGGACUUAGAUUUGACUAGGACUUAUGCUGUAAAUAAAACUAGAGAUUCUGGUUUCAUCCCUGGAGAACUCACUGUACAAUCAGUUUUGCUAGCCUAGGAGCUGUCAGUGUUCAGCUAAUACUCGACUGACGUGAUGGAAGAAGUGACCUGUGUAGAACACUGAGUUGCUGCACUCGCUGCUAGUGCUGUCGUGAGAAUGAUGGUUGGGUUUUGUUUCAUUCCUUUUUGUCCGUGUCUUCAGUAACAAGAAGUGGAAUUAAAGCUGAAACCUGAAGUACGUUUGUUAAACCACAACGUCAUUAAUUUCUGUACAGAAUGAAAUAGCUUAAUGUGGUCAAUAGAAAGCUGCCACUGGGAUAUUACAUGGAGAUUGGGGGUUGGUGUACCAGAGUUCUUUGGAAGGACUUAAUUUCCAUGCAGAGCUGUUUCAUUUUUAACCUGUGGUCAGCCAGCCAGUGUUACUAAUGCUUGAUGUUAUAUGAAUGCUGCAGUAUAGAAUUGCAAUUUGCAGUGGAAACCACUGACUGAAUAGGAUAACCAAGAAGCAGUUCCUUAAUUGAUCUUCGUCGGGAUCUUUGGUUUGUGCUAUAUUAGGAAAUGAACUUUAGGCCUGACAUACAUAAGAUCCCUUGGAAGGGCACGCUGUUUAGUGAGAUAAGUAAGUAAAUGUGCUCCUGAAAAUGAAAUGUGAUCCAGUGCUAUCAUUGCUCUUUCUAAUAACUAACUGGGAAUAAAACAAAAUUAAACUGCAGAUUUAAACAGAGGAACAAAAUCGUAAAUGUUGUUUCUGCACUCAGUAUUCUAAGGCUGAAUGUUAAAAGUGCCUUCUGUCUUAAAAUCCUAAACCAAAUACUUUGUGUUGAACUUGGCAGGCAGAAGUGUCCUUGCUUUAAAAAUGAACAAACCAACCAAUUCCCAGGCAAACUUGCUGGGGAUAGAAGAGUAUUAAGAGAUCUGUUUUAGUUUUUAGACUGAGAAGUGGUAGCAAUAUUGUUUCAGUUAAAUCAAUGUGAUUGAAGGUUGAUGAUGCAAUUUGGGAAAGUAAAGUACUUGUGUUUCAGACUCUGUGACACCAAAAUGUAUCAGUUCAGCUACUUUCUGUAAUUGGUGCUGUGCUGCUUUUUGCCCUUGUCAGCUUCUAAAUAUGAAGAACUCCAACUGCGUACCCAUUUAUUUAAAGAAUGAGCUUAACUAAUUUUAGGAUGUUUUUGCUUAAACAUGAAUGUCAGAGAGACACUUAUGUUGUCUGGCUAGGUGGAUUCUAAACACUAAGUUGUUGAGGAUAAACUUGACUGUGAAACAUGCAGUGUUCCAUAGAGAGAAAAGUAGACUUUUUAGAUUGAAUUCACAAAAUACUAUUUAAAUUACUAAAGUAAUUUUCUGGUUUGUAUCAAGGAUGUAGGUGGAAACUGCUUUUAUGUAUAGAGUUCUGUGGUAUGAGUAACAUCUGUUGCAUGUAACACUAAACUACUUGUCCCUCUUGUCUAACAGUUUUAGACAAUUCAUUAAAUGCGUUUUGUAUUGACCAGAGUAUAGUUAAAGCUUGUCUUGAUGUUUAGUUCUGUCUCUCAAAUGCCUUGAACUUUGAUAUGAGGGGAGUGAAUGAUGUUAAACUGAUCAAACUGAUCCUUCAAGGCUUUACUUCGUUCUCUUACAAGCCUUGAGGCUCUAUCGCUGUUUAAUACAUUGUAUAGAUUUGUUUUGAUGCAGUCCUGUGAUCUACUCUAAGGCAUCUUUUUCAUCCGAGGAAGAGGUGAACACGUGCUGCCUGCAGUGCUUAGUCACAGCGCUGAUCCCUCAGAACAAGCAGCAGUGGAGACAAGUAUUACCAGUGAUCACUUGGUCCAAUUUCUGGGUGUAGUGCACACCAAAAACAAAGGAGAAAAGCCCCAUCAGCUGAAAGUAUAGGUGUUGACUAACUUCACUGUGUCUUGUGCUUGUCUGUGUGGGCAUAGUCUGUUGAUUCAGUUUGCUUAGUAAACUUGUUUAGGGCCAGAUUUUGUGCAGUCUUGUCUGCAGUCCUUGUGUGUGUGUGGCCAUAGGGAUCAAAUGGAAACCGAGUUUGGUCUCUGGAAGAAUUUGCAGCUACACUUUGUGCACAAACUUGCCAAUCUGAUCCUCAAUUGUGAACUCUUGUCUUGUGUUCCUCUCUUGCAGUUACUUUUUACUGGAAGUGAUUUGCUAGAAAUGGCCCUAACUCUUCUACUUCCCCCCUUGUGCUUCGGAAAUGCAGUUGGCCUGAAUAAAGGGCAAAAUAAUGUUAGUAGUAGAAAUCUGGACCUUUCUGCUUCCAGUUCUUUGACUCUUUCCUUGUUGCUCCCAACGAUAGGACCAGCAUAUUUCUUCCAGUAAAAUGGCUCAGGUUAUGAUUAGUUAAUGUGAUGGAAAUCAGAGGAGUGCUUCAUGCAACUCCCCCCCCCACCUGCCCCCAGCCAAAACUAAUUCUGUGGCAAAUAUUUAACAUGUAGUUGAUAUUAAUUUGACCCUUACAAAUCUGAAGGCAAAUUCUUGAGGACUCUUGGGGAUACUAUGGGGAAAAGCCAGUAACUUAAUACCUGGUCUGGCAGGACAGGGGGGCAUUACACAGAUUCUGGUUAUGUUUCAACACUCAAAGAGAAUGGGGGGGUUAAGGGGGGGGAGAGAAAUCAUAAUAUACAAACAGUGGUUCUGAAUUUGGGCUUCUCCUCACCCUCGUUGGCUCUUAGAAAUUCCAUGGUGGGGUGGAGGAUUGGCAAAGGCAAAAAACCCAAAAACUUCUUAGGAAUUAAACAUUCCUGAAAUCCUCUUACUGUAAGGUACUUGCUACUCUGAAGGCCAACGAAGCAUUCAAGUCUCGUUCUUGGAAGUUUCCUACUGUCAAGUGUUUGCAACUCUAAGGCCAAUGAAACAUUCCCUACCACCUUCGCUAUCUAAAGUGACAACAAAUCUCUUUCUUAGGUUUCUGCAUACCAUAGGAUGCGUUUGUCUCUGCUGUACAGAUCUCUCAAUGGUUCCAAAAGGUUGGUGAGGUGCUUCGGGCAGCACUUGAUGCUCCUAAUUUAUAUGGGCUAAAGUUAAAGAGAUCUACUAGCUUUGGUUCUGCCAACUUCGUUUAAAUGUGAUCUAGACAAAACUGGUCCAGAAAAGAUGAAGUAUUCUGCUACCAUAAAACUGUAUUAAGCAUGGCCUAAAUACUAGGUGUUUGUUCUGUAUAGUAUGUUCCAUCGACUAUUUAUUAAUAGUGCUUUAAACUCCAAAUUAAACAUCCCUUGAAAUGGAGUCAUUGGGCAGAUGUUCCUUUUAUCAAUAUAGGUUGAGAGAUCCUCUAUUGGAGGUUUAGGAUCCAAUUUUGCUAACAGGUAAACCAAUGUAAAUAUGUAUGAAUUCUAUUUGUUGCACAUAACUUUUUUUGGUAUAAAAAAAAGAAUAAAUGUAGAAAUUACCUGUGGA